AUGAAGGCCCUCACUCUCGCGGCCUUGCUCGCGGCCGCAACGCCCCUCGUCCAAGCGCACUACAUCUUCAACCGGCUGAUCGUCAACGGGCAAAACGUGGGCGGCGAAUACGCCUACACGCGCAAGAACUCGAACUCGUACAUGCCAGCCUUCACCAGCGAGCUAAUGAGCUCGAACGACCUACGCUGCAACAAAGGCGCCACACCCGGCUCGACACCGACCUACGCCGUCAAGGCCGGCGACAAGCUCGGCUUCAAGCUCUUCAACAACGAGUUCAUCGAGCACCCGGGCCCGGGCUUCGUGUACGUCUCCAAGGCGCCCGGCGCGGUCAAGGAGUACGACGGCAGCGGCGACUGGGUCAAGGUUAUGGAGACGGGGCUGUGCAGCGCGAAUCCUGGGAGUGAUGGCAGCUGGUGCAGUUGGCAGAAGGAUCGGCUUGAGUGGACGAUCCAGAAGAAUAUUCCGCCUGGCGAGUACCUUGUCCGUGUCGAGCAUAUUGGGCUGCACCAGGCGCAUGAGGGGAAGGCGCAGUUCUACAUCGAGUGCUAUCAGCUGAAGAUCGAGGGUGCUGGAGGAGGAAACCCGGGCCCGCUGAAUAAGAUUCCUGGGAUUUAUAAGGCUAACGAUCCAGGAAUCGCAUUCAACAAGUGGAAUAACCCCAAGUCUUACGUCAUGCCGGGACCGAAGAUGUGGGAUGGAAACUGAACUUGGGCUUCGGGAGCUUUGUAGAUGUUAGCGCAUGACUGCAUGCUGUACUAGCAAUACUCAAUCGAUGCAUCUUGUGGUAGAGCACGUCUGGUCGUCAUCGCAGCUGCGUGGUGGUUUUUUCGUCUCGCGUACUGUUAGUCGUUCUCAUUGCUGAGGUGGUUAGACAAGGGAGAAGCAAGCAAUGAUACCCUUAGGGUGUUAUGCUCCAUGGACGUAAGUCGCAAAAGGCGCGUGGAUGCAGUUGAGGAGAGGGAUUCCAGUG